UUUUCAUGUGAUGUUUGAAAACCUCUUACAGCUUUUCCAUUUAGAGCAUAAAUACAAUUUCCUCUUUCAAUCAGUUCAUUUUUUUUUUCUGUCCCGAAAGUUUUCUCUUCCAAAAGGAAAAGAACACGAAAAAAACUUGCGUUUCUUCCUAAUUAGCUUUAAAACAAGUCUGAAAUCGGGGGAGAUCUAGGCAGUUAAAACCCUAAGAUUUCAAUGGGAAGAGGAAAACUAGUGAUUCGAAGAAUCGACAAUUUGACAAGCAGGCAAGUGACUUUCUCAAAGAGAAGAAAUGGAUUGCUGAAGAAAGCGAGAGAGUUAUCGAUCCUUUGCGAUGCUGAAGUUGGAUUAAUCAUAUUUUCCAGCACCGGCAAGCUUUAUGAUUAUGCCAGCACUAGCAUGAACUCUGUUAUAGAACGCUACAACAGGGUAAAAGAGGAACAUCGUCAAGCAAUGAAUCCUGCUUCCGAAGUCCAGUUUUGGCAAAGGGAGGUAGCAAGCUUGAGGCAACAACUCCAGUACUUACAAGAAUACCACAGGCAAUUGAUGGGAGAAGAACUAUCUGGCUUAAGCUUGAACGAACUACAAAACCUGGAAAACCAACUUGAAACAAGUUUGAAAGGUGUCCGCAUGAAAAAGGAUCAAAUUUUAUCCGGCGAAAUCAAAGAGCUAAACCACAAGGUUUAA